GGAAGUCCCUCCACAGGAAGCAGAGGCAGCGACCGAGUCACGUGUCAGCCAAAGAUGGAGGCCAGGCGACCUGAGUGAAGGUUGUAGCAAACACCGGCGCGGGAGAACCUGGGCAAGCAUCGCGGCUGGGAGGAGGGCAUAAGGUGCCGUUCAUCCCGCCGAGUGCAUGUCACAGCUUUCUGGAAUGCUUCGGUCGAGUGAAAUUUUCUAAUUUUAAACUAACGUCCAAAAUGGAAAAUCAUACACAAAGUACUAUCAAAGAAGAUUCAAUAUUUGAUAUCAUAUCCAGAAAAAUUAAACAACUUCCAGAACCAGAAAGGAAUCUGCUUGAACAUGGAUCAGUAUUUGUUGGACUUAAUGCUGGUUUCAGUGGCCUAAUAGCAAACAGUCUUUAUCGGCGCAUCUUGCACGUGACCCAAGCUCGACUAGUUUCUAGCUUACCGAUGGCCAUGAUGCCAUUUUUGACAGCGAGCCUGACUUAUGGAGGUUUUGUAAGCAUACCCUUGAGUAGAGGUGAUUUGAACUGUGAAGCCUGUGCCAUGAGCCGGGGCGCACUAGUUGGUUUUGUUAUGGGUGGUGUAUACCCUAUCCUUUUUGCUCUAUCUGUGAAUGGGGGCCUUGCUGCCAGGUUUAAAUCAAGCUUUCUACCAAGCAAAGGAAACUUCUUAUAUUACUGGACUACAGUUUCUAAACCUGUCUGUAGAAAGAUGGUAUUUCCCAUUUUACUUCAGAGUGUGUUUGCAGCACACCUUGCGUCUAGACAAUACAAACUCCUCAUAAAGGCCCUUCAGUCACCUGAACCUGAACCUGAACCUGAACUGAUGUAAAGCAAAUAUAUACAACAAAAAUAAAAUAAUGAAAAUAA